GUUAUGUUUUAAGCAUUUUAGUAGAUUUGUUUGGCAAAAUGUCUGAACCUAGCCAACAAGUAAAUUUUGCUGAUAAAGAAACUGGUGUAAAAUCACAUCCCAUUUUUGAAGCUGUCAAAGCCGGUUUACUUAUUCCUGUUCAGACGUUAGUAGAAACACAAGGACUACCCGUAUUAACACUCAGAGAUGAUAAAGGACACACUCCCGCUCACUGGGCUUGUCUUGGAGGACACACUGCAAUUCUCAGGUAUAUGAUAGAAAAUAAAAUUCCAAUAGAUGAACCAAGUUCUAAUGAGCUAGGUGCCAGGCCUAUUCACUGGGCUUGUGUCAAUGGUCACAUUGCCAUUGUAGACAUUCUCACACAGGCUGGUGUUGAAUUGGAUGCAGUGGAUAAUAAAAACUGCACUCCUUUGAUUGUAGCAGCUCAGUAUGGACAAACUAUGCUGGCUGGAUACCUUAUGGGGAAAGGAGCUCGUCUUCAGUUAACUGACAAAGAUGGAGACAAUGCUUUACACUGGGCAGCUUUUAAAGGUCAUAAUGAGCUUAUGCGCCUGUUGAUAUACUCUGGUUUUAACCCAAGACAAAAAGACAAUUUUGGCCAGACUGCCCUUCACCUUGCAUGUAUCAAUGGAAACAUAACAGCUGUACAAGAGCUAUGUGAGCAGGAUGGUGUAGAAAUAGACAUCCCUGAUGUGAAUGGAAAAACCCCAUUACAGCUUGCUAUUGGCAGAAAGCAUGAUAAAAUAGUCAACUAUUUGAAGAAAGAAGUCCAAACCAGAAACAGUAUUCUACCUCGUAUUGACUGCUGGGCCAUCAUAUUUGGGCCUCCGGGCAAUUCAAAAGGAGCUCUUCUUUUCUUCUUGGUUAAUGUUGUAUUAUGGGGCUAUCCUAUGUAUAUUUUCAAGUGUUUCCCUCUGACCUGGAAUGAACUUCCCAUCUAUCAUCUGACUUUUAUUUUUACCAAUGUGGUCAUGUGGAUUUGUUUAUAUCAUGCUAACACAGUGGACCCCGGGUUCUUGCCAAGAAAUAUUCCUGAAUAUGACUUGGCUAUAAAACAGGUUGCUCACUUUGAUGAAUGGAAACAAGGUCAAAAUCCACUUUCACGCUUGUGUCAUACUUGUCGGACUGUAAAGCCAAUACGUGCUAAACACUGUAGGGUGUGCAAUAGAUGCGUGAAAGAAUUUGACCAUCACUGUCCUUACAUACACAAUUGUGUAGGCUACUACAACAGAGUUUCUUUUACUGGAGUUUGUAUCACCAUGACUUUGAUGGGCUUGCAGACUAUAUAUUUCUCCUACUAUGUGCUGUCCAUUGAAGGCAUGUCCUGGUACCAGAUUGACUAUCUAGUGGGCUUUGGACUAUUAGCCUUCUUCUUGUUAGUGGCUAGCUGUAUAGCACAAACCUCAAUUUACCAUGCUGCUGUAAACUUGACAACCAAUGAGAGAAUUAACUUUAAACGUUAUAAUUAUUUAAAAGAUGGAAAAGGUGCAUUCUAUAACCCCUUCAACAGAGGUUUAAAAAACAAUUUUUUGGAGUUUCUACAUUUGCGUCCUGGCAUGAGAGAAGAGGAUGUGACUUUGUUGGGUGUCCAUGUGGUGUAGCAAGUCUUGAGUGCUGACCAUUUUUGUAUCAAUUAAAAGUGUCUUUAUAGACAUUUGUAUUGUUACUCAUGUGGUAAUAACUUUUAUAAAAACUUAUGCUAGUGGAAUAAAAGAAAUAUUGAAUGAUUAUUUAAGAAUCAGGAUGGUGGCGCAUGGAAUGGUAAUUAAUUUAUUUCAAUCACAAAGGAAAAAAUCUUACUUUACAACUAUUUGCAUUUACAAAUGAAAUUGUAUUUAUGUUUUUUGGGGUUGUUUUUUUUUUGUCCUCAUCUGCACUGCCUAUCAUUAGAAAUAAUUUUAUAAAAUAAAUAUUUUUAUAGAUAGUUUAUAAGUUAUUUUUUUUUAGCAAGAGCUGAAUAAAAAAUUGUAGAGAAAACAGUUUAAAUUCAAAAUCUUGCUGUAUCAUUCUAUGUGCCAUCAUUGGCAUAGUUGUUUCUUGAGCUUGAUUUGGUUCAGAAAGUGUAAGGUUGCUGAUUUCCUUGUGAUACUAUAAUAUUAAUGUACAAGUAUACAUGUUGAUUUUUUUGUGAUGAAUGUUUUGUCUUGUUUUACACCUAACAAUCACUGUGAAUGAUGUAUGGCCUCCAAAUAGGAACCUUUUCUAAAUAUUCCUUCCAAGUCAUCCCUUCCCCCAAUGAGAGCUUUUUAUGGACAUUGUUUUGGCCAGGUUACAAGAUGAGCAUAUUAUCUCACCCUUGAUAGAGAAAAACCCUUCCUGAAGAUAUAGAAUCUAACCAACAUUCCUACUCUACAGACUAAACUAAAGAAUGGCUUUAAGACUGCUUAUUUGAUUUAUUUGUAAAUGACUUGCAAGCCAAUAACAUUUAAUUCAAAAGCUCAUAUGAUAGUGUUCAUCACAUAUUUUAUAUUUGUAAUACUAGCAUAGUUUUUGUGUCAAUUAGUAUCUAACAAAUUUCUUAACUUCUCCUUUCUUAUUGUAAGGGGCUAUUCUUCAUCUACAUGGUCUCCAGGUGAUUGUGUGAGAUGGAAUAACUCCUUUGUUGUGGUAUUUUAUGAGCAAGCUUUUUGAACUAGCUCCUGGCUAGCAAGCCUAAUGUUAUGUGGCUGCCUAGAGUUUUUUUUAUUUAAGUUUGAAAGAGAUUUGCUAGGCUUGGGGUGUAGAGUUUCACUUGUGAAAGUACAUUUUAUACUUAAAACAAAAGCAUCAGAGAAAAUAAAGAUCUGUCUCUUGACAUGGAUGGUUGAGUCCUGGUGAAGUCACUUAAUUUUGUAUCUAAGAUCAGAAGUACCUCCAUUCAGCUUUAAAUCCCUGUCUGGACUCUGGGAAAAUAAAAGCAGAAGGUCACUUAACAUCCUUAAUGGUUUCACUUAUCAUCCUUAAUAACCAUUAGGCCUAGAUAUAGCUGAACUAAACAACAAUUGCCCUAUGAAUAGAUAAGUUUGAAAGAUGACAUUAUUUUGUUUACUUGUUAUUUUGAAAGCAAGUCAGACCUCAGUUUGAUCAACCACUGGUCUAUUUUGUUCUGUGUUUUACCAAAAUGUUGCUCACUAUGUGUGGCUGCUGGUGUUGCAUGUUUAUUACUAAUUAGUCAUUCAGACAUGCCUACAGUCCCGCAUUAUGCGGAACCGUCCCGCAAAAUCAUAAAAAAAGCUCACAUGUUCCGCCGUUCCGCAUUCACGAUUUUUUGUUCCGCCAAGUCUGAAUUCCGACACACACAAAAAAUCGCCGUUUUUUCAUUAUUUAUUAAUAGUGCGAAAUGAAAAUACUGAAUGCAAACUAAAAUAUAUAUAGGUCUGUGUUUAUUGUUUACAUUUUAUCUCCCGGACCCGGCGAGUCCUAAAUUUACGAAGAUAUGGGGGAUCAUAUGGUUGAGCUAGCAGCUAGAGCUACUCUAGUAGUCUAGGUCUAGAUACUAGUCUAGAUCUAAUCUUAGAAUCUAGUAAGUGCUAAUAAGUUAAUAAGCCAAAUUUUCCAUUUAAAUCCCUUUCUUUUCCAGACAAUGGCUCUACUACUAGUACUAGAUCUAGUCUUAGUCUAGUAUACCGACUAGAUCUUUUUUUAGUGAAUUUUAGUCUAUUCUAGUUUUUGAGUAGAUAUAGAAUCAGUUAUUAUAGAAUAGAUCUAGUCUUUAUAGAUAGUUUCAUAUAGUUAGUAUAGAUCUAGAUCUGAGUAACACAACUGAACUGGUUUCUAGAUCUAAGUAAAAUCAAAGAAAAGGAUUUUUAACAAAAUACGUUAUUAAAGAUCUAGAUUAUUCUAGAUCUAGACGUAGAUUCUAAAUGUAAUUAAUUAACUUAGACUUAGACACAGUAAGGCUAAGGCCUAAAUUAUUUGAGUAAAUAAGGCUCUAGAUCUAGAUCUACUAAUUAAAAUAAUUACAUUUUUAAUUUAUUUACAUAGUGACUUUUUUUAGAAGUAGGACUAGCACUUAGACUAGAAUCUAGAUAACUAGAUCUAGAUGUCAAUACUAAAUCUAGAUCUAUCUAGAAAUAGACUUAGAAGGGGAUAGAUCUCUAGAUUCUAGAUCAUUUAUAUGUAUCAUUAUUGCACUUUAUGUAAUAAAUUUAGUUCUCAAUAAGUCUAUAGAUCUAGACAUAGUAAAUAUUUAGAUCUAUAACUAUAAUAUAAUUAUUAUAAUCUGUGUUCUUAGACUUAGGACUUAGAGGACUUAUUAGAUGUAGAUCUAGACUAGUACUAGUAAGUAAGUAACCUAGUAGACUCUUAAAUUAUGUAUUUUAGAUCUAGAACUAGAGACAGCAUCUAGAGUGACUAGAGUAGAGCCCUAGAAAAGGAUAGAUAAUCAAGUAGAUCUAGAAUAAUCUAGAUCUAGUCAUUAGAUUUAGAUCUAGUAGUAACAAAUAAAAAUAGAUAGUAACAUUUGAGUCUAGACUCUAGGUCAUUAGAAUACAUUUUGGUUAGAAUUCAUCAUAUAGGAGUUAGAACUAUUGAUUUCAAACAAAGGACAUAAUUAUGAAUUAAAGAUUUUCUUAUUUUUAAUUAUACUAUUUACAUCUAAUUUAUAAGAAGCAAACUAGUAUUGUUAUUAAAGUAAUAUAAUUGAAGUUUUAUUUAUAAUGCCUACAGUAUGGCUGACAAACAUAAACGCGCAUAUGUUCCACACUGGGGCCCAAAAUUCCACAUUUUCAACCUGAGUGUUCCACAUUCUGGGUCUUGGGGGUAGGCAUGUCUGGUCAUUAUAUAUAUAAAUCUGGUGACAAAACAUCCAAGUAUAGCUAAGGAUCUGUCAAAUAGUAUUCUAUAACCAUAAACCUGAAAACUAAAUUUAAUAUCAUGAACUUGAAUUGUAGAAUAAAUAAUCACACAUAAUACUUCAGGUACAAAGGCAUAACAUAAAUGAUUAGUCCACAGUCCAAAUAUUGAAAUAAGCAUAAGGAAUAAAUUAUUGUAUUUUCUUUUUGCCCAUUAUUAGGCUCUACUUUUUGAUCUAAUAAUAGAUUCUAGAAAUAUCCAGAUUCUUUACCUUCUAAAAAUUGAAAUGUUUAUUUUUAGUAUCCUUAAGCUUUUAUGAGCUAUUUUAGCUCACCACCGCUUUCAGUGCUUUUGAAAACAACAUUGUAAUAAAGUAACUUUAGUUCUUUUUGGCAACUAUUGACAUGUGACACUGAGAUAUGUUUGGUCAGUUAUGUAAUUAAAUGGUUUAGUACCUUUCAAAUGUAACUUUCAACUUUAUUGCUGUUGUGAAAGCCUGCCAUACUGGCAAGUUCUCAAAUUAGACUUUACAUUUUUAUAUAACAUCCAAGCAAACUUUAGAUUUCAUUUACUGCCCUUUUGAUAUUCACAUUUUAAAAGGCAAUAUUUUAUAUUUCUACUUUACAGAUAUAAAUAAAAAACAAUAUAAUGAUUAAAUGAAUAUUAUAUAACCUUGAUUUAAUUUUUUAAAAAUUAUCUAUGUUUUUUUUUAAUAACUAAAGUUUUUUGUUAUUGUUUUUUUUUUUUGUUGAAGUUAAAAUUUGUAAUAUAUAUAUAUAUAUAUAUAUAUAUAUAUAUAUAUAUAUAUAUAUAUAUAGUUUUUUUUUACUGGCUCAUCAUACAAAAUAAAAAUAAAAUAUUAGUUUGAAUACAAAAAAUAAUAUGGUCAAGUAAAUAUGUUUUUGAUUAUUUUAAUAAAUAGCAUCUAUUGAAAUCAAUACUGAAGAGAAAGUUUCUUGUUAGCUGUAAACCAGAUUUAUAAUUUACUCUUGGUAAAUGUAAUGUAUAUUUGAAGUAAGCAAUGAAUGUCUGAGAUGAUUUAUUGGUAAACCUACUUUUAUAGAAUAAAAAGUACAGAUCAAACUGUACUACUAAGUAGAUGAUUACUAAAAUUAGAUUAUUUGUCUGUCUCUAUCACACUUUUAUUAUUUCAUUAUAAGAUCAUAUAGGGUAGUUUAUUUGAAUAUGUGUGUGUGUGUGUGUAUAUAUAUAUAUAUAUAUAUGACAGAAUUAAUUUCUUUUUCACACUAAAGUAAUGUCUCUACCAAAUCUCACAACAUUCUUUGUUUAGAUUUUAUACAAUAAUAUUGUUGAUAAAUAUUUUUAAAAUUUUGUUUCAGCACAAAUUUAUUCUACUUACACUGUAUUUUAACAUGUUUACAAAACCAGAGUAGUGAUGUUUGCAAAUAGACAAUCUUGUCUGACAUUGUUGUUCAAAUUAUUGUUGGAUGAACAAAUUGCUGGAGUGAACACUUGAAAUCCUGCACCCAACAUCACAAGACAAGCCCUGACCUCGAACCCCCAAGAAAAGAGAAAGAGGGGUUGGCGCGGAAAUACAUGGCACUGAUAUUUGAAAGCAGAUGGGGACAGUUGGAGAGACUUGUCCAGAACAAAGAUGCUGGGAGGAAGCUUGUUGGUGGCCUGUGCCUCAGAUGGGAGCACAGGCACAGUUGAGAUGAGAUGUGAUGAACACAAUUUUAGCACACAGAAGCAGAACAAAGUGUCAUAGGACCUGCCUUUUUAAUUUGAUAUAGACACUAGUGUUGCCUUCUUGACAAAAACAUAAGGAUGUUGUAUAUGUACACAGAAGUAUGAGCAGUUUCUGCAUUCCUUAUUGAUACUACACAUAAGUGUUAAAAAUUAUUUUUAAUUUUGAUUUGGAUUCUUAGUUUGAUCUUUUUUUUUGCAUGUGAAAUUAUUUUGUUUUUUAUUGGUAAAUUGUAUUGAUUUUUGUUUGUGAAAACAAUAGUUAUCAUUUUAAUAGUUUUGACUGUUAUUGGUUUACACAAAUUGUGUGAGAAAUAACAUCUUAGGAGGGGGGAAAGUUUAUUUCAAGCUGUGCCUCCUGUUCUCUAAUACCAUUGCUCUUCCUAAUGAAAUCUGCCAGUGACAUUUGGUAUUGUUUGUUGUAGUGUAGUUGUCCUUAAGAAAAAUGGAACUAAAUCUGAGCUUUAGAAAAAAAAAUUAAACAUUACAUGUAAGCACAACAAACGAAAGUAGUUGCAAGCUGAGAAUCAGAAUUGGAAGUGAAACGAAAUAUUAUUCAAAUCAUAUUUUUUAAAAACUGGGACUGAAAUAGUAAUCUAACAGCAAAUAUAAACUGAAUUUAAAAUAAUAGUUCAACUGGAAAAGAUGUAAGCAUGAUACUAUAAACAAACUGAGACUAAACUCUCACUUUCAGUCUUCAGUCCUACCAUUUCAUUUUGUUUCCAAUUUAUUUCAUCUAAUUUUGUUUCUAUAAACUUUAUGUAUCAUAAUAAAUCAUUUCUGUUUCACUUUUUGUGCAAGACAACUACACUGGUUUCGAUAGAGAAUUUAUUUUUUUGUUCAAUUUAUUUGAAUGCCACUUAAUUGAGUUGUGUGUAUAAUAAUACUUUGUAACCUUCCAAAAGCUCAACAUUAAAAUGAUGUGACUAGAAGUUGUAAAUACUUUAGAGUAGUCUACCUCUUCACUGUGUGUUUUGUAUCUGAAACAUUUUCAAUCAAAUUUAUCAUCAAUGAUGUUCUGAGGGGAAAAUAUUUUUUGUUUUGUGUGUGUGUGCACAACUGUAUAUGAAAUAUAUCUCAAAACAAAACUUAAUUUGUAAUGCAUAGCUUCCGAUUGUUUUUGGCUGAAAUGAUUUGUUUACAAGUGUAAUUUUUAACAAUAGAAUAAAUUUAUUGAAUGGUUCUCAUAUUUAAGAGAAUGUGCAUUGUAUAGAAAUGUCAUUAGAAAACCUAAUGAUGCUUUGAUCUAUUUUUUAAAUGUAAUAAAUAAUACAUGAGUGAAUAA